CUUCUGACUUUUGGCAUUUUAUAUUCAACUUGUCUGCUAGGAGGCAGUAACUGGGGAAGAAAGGAAAUUCCCAAGAUUAGGGGAACAUGCUCAUCAGAACUCCUCACAGCUAAACUAAAGGACAACUGGAAGUAGCCCUUACCAAGCCCUCCUCAAAGCAGCUUUUCUACCAGCUCUAAAAGAUAUCUGCUUCAUAUUUUAUACACAUAGUAACAUCCCAGACAUGGCCUCAGACAUGGUCAUGCCAGGCCCUAUAUGCCUCAUUGAGAGCAAGGAGGGGCAGCUAAUGGUCAAGCAGGAAGCCCUGGAGAUCCUGUCAGCCAUCACACAGCCUGUGGUGGUUGUGGCCAUCGUGGGCCUUUACCGCACAGGCAAAUCCUACCUGAUGAACAAGCUGGCUGGGAAGAAAAAGGGCUUCUCUGUAGGCUCCACAGUGCAGUCUCACACCAAGGGAAUCUGGAUGUGGUGUGUGCCUCAUCCUGAGAAGCCAGGACACACCCUAGUUCUGCUGGACACUGAAGGCCUGGGUGAUGUAGAGAAGGUUGAUGCUAAGAAUGAUACCCAGAUCUUUGUUCUGGCAAUCCUUCUGAGCAGCACCCUUGUAUACAAUACCAUGAACAAAAUUGACCAGGGUGCUAUCGACCUACUGCACAAUGUGACAGAACUGACAGAUCUACUCAGAUCAAGAAAGUCACCUGACCUUGAUGUUGAAGAUGCCAGUGACAUUGUGAGCUUCUUUCCAGACUUGGUGUGGACUCUUAGAGACUUCUACCUAAGUCUGGAAACAGAUGGACAACUCAUGACAGCAGAUGAAUACCUGGAGAAUUCUCUGAAGACAAAGCAAGGUAGUGAUCAAAGAACUCAAACUUUCAAUUUGCCCCGUCUGUGUAUUCAGAAGUUCUUUCCAACAAAGAAGUGCUUUGUAUUUGACUCACCCACUCACAAGAAGCUUUCCCAGCUAGAGACACUGCAGGAUGAUGAGCUGAGUCUUGAAUUUGUACAGCAAGUGGCAGAAUUCUCUUCCCACAUCUAUACGAAGUCCAAAAUCAAGACUCUUCCAGGAGGCAUCAAGGUCACUGGACCUCGUCUAGAGAGCCUGGUGCUGACCUAUGUCAGUGCUAUCAACAGUGGGGCUCUGCCCUGCAUGGAGAACGCAGUCCUGGCCCUGACCCAGAGGGAAAACUCAGCUGCAGUACAAAAGGCCCUCGCCCACUAUGAUGAGCUGAUGGUCCAGAAGGUGCAGCUGCCCACAGAGACCCUCCAGGAGCUGCUGGAACUACACAGGGCCAGCAAGAGAGAGGCCAUAGAAAUCUUCACAAAGAAUUCUUUCAAAGAUGAAGACCAAAGUUUCCAGAAGGAACUACAGACCCUACUAGAUGUGAAGCAGAAGGACAUUUGUAAGCAGAAUGAAGAAGCCUCUUCAGAUCGUUGCUCAGUUUUGCUUCAGGAUAUUUUUGGUCCUCUGGAAGAAGAAGUGAAGCAGGGGCUUUAUUCUAAGCCAGGAGGCCAUAAUCUCUACCUUCAGAAGACAGAGGAGCUGAAGAAAAAGUACCACCAGCAACCCAGGAAAGGAACACAGGCUGAGGAAGCUCUGCAAAAAUAUUUAAAGUCCAAAGAGUCUGUGAGUAAUGCUAUUCUUCAGACAGACCAGGCUCUCACAGCCAAGGAAAAGGAGACAAAAGAGGCACGUGUAAAAGCAGAGGCUGCCAAGGCUGAAGCAGAAAGGCUGGAGGCGGCUCGUAGGCAGAACCAGCAAAUGAUGGAGCAAAGAGAGAAACGUCAUCAGCAGCAAAUAAGACAAAUGGAGAUAGAAAGAGCAAACUACCUGGCACAACAACAGAGGGAGCAGGAACGUCGGCUGCAGGAAGAGGCCGAAAGGCUCAGGUUGGCCCAUCAAGCUGAAUUGUCAAGGUGUCAAGAUCAGAUCCAGCAUUUACAGAGGACAAUGUCUGAGCCACAAGAUGCUCAAUGUAUCAUACUCUAAAGUGCUGAACAACAGAGACUCCCGUUAUUUUUUUCAUGGAAGACACAAAGGAAUAAGAAACUAGAGAAUUUGGGACAAUCAACAUUUAAAUAAUCCAAAAACUUCUACCUAAUCUUCCAGUUUGUCUCUAGUUAUUGCAAGUUACCUCAGUGUCUAGGUAUUGCAAGUUGCCACAUGGGCUCAGUUCGAUGGAACAUUACCCAGGUCCUGAGCUCAGUUUAGCAUCACUCCUACUGCUUGUCAUGUGCUGGAUGCUAUCUGAGGGAGGCGCCAAUUGUAAAGUGGGAACAAUCUACAUUUCUCAACUGGGUGGAGACUGCUAUUCUAAGGACCAUUAUGCAAAUCAUCAACACUGUGUCAACCUUCUGCAAAAAGAAAUCCCAAGCUGAAAGAAAACAGUGUUAUGAAAUGAAGAUCUGUAGAGGAUGAAAGGAAAUACUACUGUGGAAACUGUGUCAUAGGCUUAAGGACUGAAGAAGAGGCCUUUUCCUUUUUACUCACCCACACUAAGUCAUAACUUAGAGCAUGUUAUAACAGGUUGCAAUUUAUAUUUGACUUUAAUUUUUUUGUUACAUAUUUAUAGUACUUUAGAAUUUUUAAAUAAGAGGCAUAAAUAAUAAUGUGUAAUGAGUCAAAAUUCCAAUGGUGCUCAUUUAAUUUUAUACUUGCUACAAUGCUAAAGUUAAAUCAUCAUAGUAUAUGACAGCCUGCUGAUAUUUUUAAAAAGUAUUGAUUAUAUGAAUACAUGUUAGUGCAAAGUUUUAACUAUAAAAUAUUUUUAAGCUUUGUUUCUAUGUCUCUCAAUAGUUAAAAUUCUAUGGGAAAUGCUUCUGAAUUUCCCUCAGAAGAUUAGGAAUUACUUUAAAACUAGAAUUAAAACUCACUUUGGUAUACAUUUUCAUUUGUUCUCUGUUUGUUGUGUUUAACUCUAGUAAAAAUCUGUUUUAAAAAAAUUAUAGGAACACUCCACAAGGCUCUGUUUUUUUUUUUUUUUUUUUUUUUUUUGUUUUGUUUUAUUUUGUUUUUUCCCUCACUUAUAAUUGUUUGCUUCUGUAAGGGAUUUUCCAUUGGGUGAUAUUAUGGGAUCUUCAGUUUUUUUUAAGUUCUUCAAAAUAUGAUUUACUCAUACAGAGAAGAAAAACACAUUAAUGCUAAUAUCUGUACUUUUUCUUAUGCUUUGGAGUGUUUUAUAUCGCAGAACUUCUUAUAUUACAGCAGCAAUAUUAAACAUGUACAACUUCUCUGUUCCUUAGCAUUAUAAGUAGUUAGUAACAGCAGCUAAUAUUUUUUCAGGAUUCAUCAUGUGCCAACUAUAGUCACUGUAGUAACUCAUGCAUUGCUCACAAAAUCCUUUGAAUAUGCAGUAUUGCUUUAUUACACUUAUAAUUACUUAAAACUAUUUUUAUGUUCAUUAGUGUUAUUAAUAUUAAAGUUAUUACUUUUAAGGCAUUGAAGAUAAUCAAGUCAUCUAAAAGCAGUGCCAUGCUUUGGAACCUACAUUAAUAAUCAUCUUGAUACUGUCUCUCUUGUCUUUUUAGUAAGACAGAAAUAUUAAGUAAUAUGUUAAAAUUUAGAGGAAAUUACUGAAAGAAUGAAAACCAAAAGCACAGUGUCAAAAUAAUAUGAAAGUAGUCAAUAUUAAAAAGCAGAGAAAUU